CCGCCCGCUUCUCCGCCUCUUCCUCCUCUCUCUCUUUCUUCCUUCAUCCAAUCCUCGACCUAAAACGUCGUACACCUCUUCUUCACACUAGCGGUUUCCGACUCACGGAGGCCUCCUGCUCUUCCCCUGUGAGAACCUCAAGAGACGGGUCAUGUCAACGACUGGGGGGGCCUCCGAAUCCACGGUGUAUUCGGCGGAGACGGCCAGGAGGCCGUCGGAGGCUGCCACGUCGUCGACGCAUUCUCAGGCGCAGCCCCGGCGAUUCGACGUGCCACAGGGGCACCUCCUUCGUAACUUCUCCUUCCCGAUCUUGAAGACAUGUGGGAACCAGCGGGUGCUCCGCUGCAUGAGCGUCAACGGAAAGGGCGAGGCCAUCGGCGGCGGGGCAGCCUGCCGGACAUCCUCCGAGGCGGUGGGUGGCGGAAUAUGUGUCCCAGAGUGUGGCGGUGAUGACGACGGCGGGAUCGAGGAGGUGAGGGAGAAGCUAUUGGUUCACCUCCGGAAGGCGGCGGACCGGAUGAAGCUGGUAGUUCCACCACCGAUGCCGCCGCCUCCUAAGGGCGGGGAUACCCAGGCUGAGCCAGAGAGGGAAGCGGAAGCGGAGCCGUCGUUGUCAGCUGCGGCUCGGCCUUCGAAGCUGAGGACGAGACGACGGAGAUCUAGAGCUCCGGCGGUGUUCGAGAUGCAAGCGAUUGCGUCGCGACCGGAGGCCGCAGAGAAGAGGGCGGUGCGGCUGAGGUCGGGGUGCACGGAGCCAAAAGAGCGCACCAAGUUCUCGAUUACCCUCACUAGGGAGGAGAUCGAGGAGGACAUCUACGCGGUGACGGGGCACAGGGCUCGCCGGCGGCCCCGAAAGCGCCCCCGCCUCGUCCAGAAAAAGCUCGAUUUGUUGUUCCCCGGUUCAUGGUUGUCAGAGAUCACCCUCGACACAUACAAGGUCCCCGAUUAGAGGCAAGGUCAUCUCUGCUGAUGUCAGUCCUUCUUCCCUUCUCCGCUCCGCCGAGGACGCUAUCUUAGUCAUUAAUCCCUCGUCGCCGUUGAUUGAUCUCUAAAUUCUCCUACUUCCAUCGCUCCAAUACAUUGCAGCAGCAGAGCUCUUUUACAGUUGUUCUUUCGAAGUAGAGAGAUUCAUCGUGUAUUUAUCUGAUUGCUGCUUCGAUUUCCAUUGCUGAUGGAUAAAGUAGUGAUACUAAACGGAUUAAACAGCAAGCAGUCAUCUUGUAAGAAGAAGGAUGAUGAUGAGAAUGAGAACAAUGAAGAAGGAAAAAGCGUGGUUGCGGGAUGGAUCAUGGUCAACGAUUUGCUCUCGUGUCGCGGUCAUCUCCUGUGCCGCACAGGACACCAUGGUGCAGCAGGCACUCGGAAUCGUGAGCGGGUACGGAAGCUUCGCGGACGGUUUGAUCCAGAUCUCGCAGAGGAGGUUCGGUGCAGGAGGGACUCGAUCCCGUUCCGUAUCGAGACCGGCUCCUGACGCGGCGGCCACGGAUUGGUUGGAAACUUGUUGGACGUCCGGUUGUUUCUUGGGCUGGCAAAGGCUUUGGGUCGUGAAUGAGUUCGAUUCAUUGGCCGCUGUAUUUUAGGUCACAUUCUUGUAAUUAUUUUAGCUGACGUAAUACUAUUUCUAAUUUUUUACUUGA